AUGGGUAAUGGACGUUAUUAUUUCCAUAAAAACUACUUGUCCGUGCUCAAUGAACCAAGCAACUACAAAAAGGAUAUAUUGCGAAACUUCGAAAAAACAUCUGAUGAUUUGAUCACAGUUAAUCAGUUUUAUAUAUUGACAUAUCUAACAGUGUCUUCACUUGUUGAUUCGAAAGAGAAAUCAGCUCCAGUUGGCCAAAAGGAGUCAAUCAUUUUCAUGCCGUCAGGUGUUGAUAAGGAGUUAUCAAAUUACAUUCUUCAACGUGAUACUUACAUGACAUCAACUAAAACCCAACUUGGAUUUCUUAGUGACACGGUUACUUCAAGUAUAUUAUCUCUUUGGGCAAAACUAAAAAUUAGAAAUGAAGGGCCAAUAUAUUUGUUUAUUCCUAUUGUGGAAAAGGUUGGCGGUGAAGAUAUGUGUGCAAACGUUUUAUUUGUUGAUGUGACGCAUGGAAAAUCAUUCCUUUGGGAUCCAUUUUCGUUUUUUACUGAUGUUGCUGAUAUAAAGGAUCUAUUUAAUAGUGAUGACGAACUUUUAGCCAUUGGUGACCUUAAGAAAAAUAUCGCUGUUAAUUAUCUCUUAGGAAAUUAUCUUUAUGAGUACCAAAGGGAAAAUCCAGUCGGUAUUGAUUAUAUGGAUUGCUCAAUCUUUUCAAAAGAGGACUUUAAAGUUUUAUUACUAAAGCAAUCAGACCUAGGCUCCAGAUUUUUGAUUUUUCCGUUUGUUAUUAGUUCUUUCAUCGAAAAUGUGAUAGAAGCUAAUAAAACAAUGCAAGGUGUGAUCCAUACUAUUAGAUCCAAAAGUGAAAGAGACGAACUAGUUAAGUUUUCUCAUCAACUAACACAAGCAUACGAGAAUUUAGAAAGUAAGAACAAAGUUGUUCAACAUUCAGAUGCAAUUAUUUUUUAUCCAGUGGAUAACGAUUCUACUGUUGACCAGAACAUCGUUGGCCCGAUAGUUCCUACAGAGGUUGAGGUUCCGGGUGAUUCAACUCCUAGAUACCUAACUUGCGGUCCGGAUGGCUAUUUUCAUUUGGGGUUCAAGUUCAAGAUUCCGGAAAAUGGUAACUCAAAAACCUACAAGACGAUUCCAUCAGAAGAGGGCACUCCUGAUCAUUCUAUUCAGUCUCAAUCUGUACCUCUUUUACCUAUUGGUAACACUGCGGUAGUGGGCGACAAUGGGGAUCAAAUUGAAGAUUCGGUUUCACCUGUGAAUGCAUUACUAAUAGAAGCGUUGAACACCGUUGACCGUAGGACCAAGGAGUCUGCUAAACUUAAACAUCAUAAAAUUGAAGAUAUCUUUCCUGUGAACAUCAAUACUACAAAAGAAAAAUUAACAGAAUAUUAUGAAAGCACCUUUAAGGGCUCUGAAUUGGAAAAUAAGGCACUUUUCAGUGCUAUUAUUGAUUUCGAUAUCGGAAAAUUCUUUGAAGCUUAUGAAUGCGCAUACAAUAACAAAAUAGUUAAGGAACAAUAUGUGAUGUUAUAUGAAGUAGAGCUAAUGAAAAGCUGUCGAACUAGUGCUGGUUAUAGGAAGCAAUAUGAGCACUGGUUGUGUGACACUUUAAAAAUUAAACCGAUUGAUUCGAAAUUGUUUUGCAAAAAACGGUUCAAUUAUCUAAGGGGUAAACUAGGUGCUUUCAAAGUUGAACCCGUUGGACAAAACUUUAUUCACCUCGUUUUCAAGCCUAAUAUUGUUAAGAGAAUCCAUACCCUUCAUGGAUUAUUUUAUGCUUGGGAAUUGCUAGAGCCAAAAUUUACAGAUGACUCAGAGCCACUAAUGACUAUCAAAGAAUUUCUAAAGAUGUAUGAAAAUGGGAAGCAAAUAUUAAAUCUUACUUGUGAACUAUUGUCUUGUGUGAGAAAAACGUUACAAUAA